UUGGCGCCUCAAACGCUGCAGUUCAUCACCUUACUUUUAGAGAGCUCACAUUGCACGUGUUCUCGGAGGAAUAUUUCCCACUGGGCCUUGUUCGGCUGCUUUGAAUGUAAAUUAUAAGAACGCACGCAGGGCUCAAGCUGAUUGAGUUUUUCUUUUUUAUGUUGUAUUAUAUAGUUAUUAUUUUUGUCCUUAUUUUCCUGAAGCGGCGUUGGCAGUAAGUUAGACAGAUGAACUCCGUGUGCAAAGACAAGGAGGCCAGCUCGGUGACGUUUGUUGAAGACCUGGGUCAGGGUGACCUGAACUUCGAUGACCUGUUCACGUACGGCCAGUCCUACGGCGAUGCCGCGUUGGGCUUCAGCACUGGAGAAGCAGAGGAAUCAAGUCUUUUUCCGCAGGGGUCCCACAGCCCCCCUCCGGGAACGCUCUACCCACACGAGGGGGACGUGGAUGUGGGGCCCUGCAGCCGAUCCCUCCGUGGCAGGUCUCCCCUGGGGGUCUCCGGGGGUUAUGAGGAAAAUGACUACUUGGAGCACUCCGGGAUUGUCGGGGGUGGCCCGAGCCCACGGAUCGAGAUCACACUCACGCACGAGCAGCACCAUCACGGCUCGCUGGGGGCUGCAUCGCUCACGGUGCCCAGCCACUCGCUGCCGGUGCCCAGGCCUGAGGGCGGGGCCUAUCGGGAGACAGCGUGUCCGAGUCCGGCCAGCAGCAACUCCUCUACGAGCUGGCACUCGGAGAAUCUCUCCCCCUGGGCAUCACCAUGCGUGUCUCCAGGAGGGGCUAGUCAGAUUCCGGCUGACUUCCGAAGCUUCCACAUAGGCUCCCCGCACGCAGGCUCUCCCCACACCUCUCCUGUGGGCUCCCCACGUGCCCGCUCCCCCUCCCCCCACCCCGGCUCCCGCUCCAACUCUCCCCAGGGCAAGCGCACCUAUGCCAUGUACAGUAGCCCCACCCACUCCCGGAGCCCCUCCCCUCGAGGAGGAGGAGGCCACACCCCUAUCCUGCCUGGCACCAACCACUCAACCAAUGGCAUUGAGACCUUCACCACAGGCUCUGUCCCCACCAAGGUUGUUAAGACCCACCUGGAAUACCCUGGAUACGUCGUGAGCCAACCAGAACCUUCCCCGUCCUCCUGCCCAUCGCACCUGAGGAGCACGAGCAGCACGGAGGCCUACUAUGUCAUAAAUUCCUUCUUGCCCAGUCAGGUGUUCCCCAGCAGUAUUCCGAUGGUGUCCCUGCCCCCACUAGAGUGGCCCAUUCCCAGCCGCCAGGACCCCUACGAGCUCCGUGUGGAGGUGCAGCCCAGACACCACCACCGUGCCCAGUACGAGACCGAGGGCAGCAGGGGGGCUGUGAAGGCGUUGGCUGGGGGCCACCCCGUGGUGCAGCUCCAUGGUUACCGGGGGCAUGAGCCACUGGGCCUGCAGAUCUUUAUUGGAACUGCUGAUGAGCGAAUGCUCAAGCCCCACGCCUUCUACCAGGUCCAACGCAUCACGGGCAAAUCCGUCAACACCGUCAGCCUUGAGAAGAUGAUCAACGGCACCAAGGUGCUGGAGAUCCCACUGGAACCCAAGAACAACAUGACUGCCACAAUUGACUGUGCUGGCAUCCUGAAAUUGAAAAAUGCAGACAUCGAGAUGAGGAAAGGCGAGACAGACGUGGGCCGGAAGAACACUUGUGUCCGCCUCGUGUUCCGUAUCCACAUCCCUCAGCCCGGGGGGCAGUACAUCUCCCUUCAGACAGCGUCGGAUCCCAUUGAGUGCUCCCAGAGGUCGGCCCACGAGCUUCCAAUGGUGGAGAAGCAAGACAUGGAGAGCUGCUCAGUCCUUGGGGGCCAGCGGAUGAUCCUGACCGGGCAGAACUUUACCUCAGACUCUAAGGUGGUCUUUUCGGAGAAGACACGCGAAGGACAUCACAUCUGGAAGGCAGAGGCUACGGUGGACAAAGCAAAGAGCCAAGCCAACAUGCUCUUUGUCGAGAUCCCAUCGUACCGGGACCCAGCCGUCAGCCAUCAAGUCAAGGUGAAUUUCUACGUGAUUAAUGGGAAGAAGAAACGCAGUCAACCGCAGCACUUCACAUACACUCCCCUAGCAGUCUCAUGUAUAAAAACUGAGCCUCUGGAUGACUACUUGCAGAGUCAGGUCUCGGGGAUGUCUUCCCAUGCUUACUACCACAACUCCUAUGGUUUCAUCAACACUGAUGGCUGUUUGCUGACAAGCAUGGCACCAUGCCAGCAAGUGUGCUCAAUCCCUGCUGUCCCGGACCCCACCCUCCAGGAGCCGAACGCGGGUGCCGUAUACCCCCAAAGUGGCAAGAGCCUCUACCAGAGGCCCAUCCUGAUUCACGCUGGAUCUCCAAGCCUCUCAUCCUCUGCUGCCCCAUCCACUUUUCAGCUGUCAGCCUCCAGCCACCUGCUCACCACUUCUGCCCCAUCCACAGAGCUCCAGCAUGCCACAUGUGUUGAUGGAUACGGUCAGGCUACUGCCGGAACCAAUGUCAUGGCAUAUUCUACUGUUGCCCAACCGCAGCCAAGGGUUAGGGCCUCCCUGGGCCCAGCGAACACCCUGAGGGGUCCUGCUCCUGAGGAACUGGCACCAGCAGCUCUGGAGAAGGUGACCAUCAAGCAGGAAAAUCUCGAUCAGGCCUACCUGGAUGAUGUUAACGACAUAAUAAGGAAGGACCUGACUGUCCACAGGCGAGGUCAGACAUAGAGCGAGGAACUGUCGAGGAUCAUGCCUCUGGAAACUUCUCUGGGGACUCCGUUAAAAGCCAGUUAACGUGGUUUCCAGAGCCGGCCGUAGGUUCAGCUUUUGCUGAAUGUUCAGAUGUUAUGUCCAUCGCUAUCUACCUGCAAAGUCAUAACUGCAUUCCAUCAUCUGCAUCUUGACACCAGAUCAUUUGCAUAAGCAAGCAAACCUUGCGGGUAACAGCUAGUCCCACUUAUCCUACACAUCUCUUUGUAUGAUCAGCUAGCUACAUUUGUGAACAUAUAUUUUGAAGACAACUUUUGCCCACCUAAAAUAUGGCCAAUUACAGUAUUCAUGUUUAGGGAUCAGAUUCUGUGUUGACCUCUAGAGAAACCGUUGUAUUUAUUGCUCAUGAAUAUUAUAUAAAAUAUUACAUAGAACAGUUUUUUCUGGCCUAUGUCUUACUGCCAAAAAAUUGAAAUGAAAACCAAUUUAAAAUAUUUUUCUUAAUUUUACCAUUGAAAAAUGCUUUCGCACAUCAGUUGGUAUAGAUUUUAAAUAUAUGCUUUUACGUCUGGCAUCCGAUGAGUUAGAAUUUUGUACAUAGUUUUUAUUCUGCUGGAAUGUAUGGGAUGUGUGAUCAUUUUUCAUUCAUUGUGCCCCUGUGUCCAAAAAAGCAUGAGUUUGUUGUUUUAUGUGAAAAAGCUUAAUGAUGAAUCAAUAUAUAAUA